UGGGGGGAGAGUGAAGGAAAGGGGGCAGACCGCCGUUUCCUUUACAUCUUUUCCUUGCCGCAAUAUCAUACUCCAAUCCAACCACAGCUUUCCUUGCUUAAUAAUUUGGCAGUUCUUCUCCUCCCUCUUCUCCCACUUAUUUACUCCACCUUUGCUUUCGUUGCCACUGUUCCAUCUCGUAGGUUUCGUCGUCCCUUGCCACACGAGAGGUUUGUCUGUAGAUAAGAUAGAGGCGGAAUAAAGAAAAAAGCAAGAGAAACGAGAGAGAGCUGAGCAAGAAAGGAUAACCUAGCUAGCUAGGUCGGGAGCAUGGAUCCGGUUACUGCAUCCAUCCACGGUCACCAUCUUCCUCCACCCUUCAACACCCGUGAUUUCCAUCACCAUCUCCAGCAGCAGCAGCUGCAUCUCAAGUCGGAGGACGACCAUGGCGGCGGCUCUCCGUUCGGAGGCCACGGCACCAAGCACGGCCACGAGGAUGACGAGAACAGUGGCAACGGCAACGGCAGCGGCGGUGAGCUUGCUCUGAUUUCCCCUUCAGGUGGCGGACUGCAGGAUGGAGGCGAGAACGGAUCGCGCCGACCGAGGGGCCGCCCGGCCGGGUCCAAGAACAAGCCGAAGCCUCCAAUCAUCAUUACGCGGGACAGCGCUAACACGCUCCGGACGCACGUCAUGGAGGUCGCGGGCGGGUGCGACAUCUCCGAGAGCAUCACGGCGUUCGCCCGCCGCCGGCAACGCGGGGUCUGCGUGCUGAGCGGCGCGGGCACCGUGACCAACGUCACGCUGCGGCAGCCUGCCUCGCAGGGCGCGGUUGUCGCCCUCCACGGCCGGUUCGAGAUACUCUCACUGUCUGGCUCCUUCCUACCCCCUCCAGCACCACCGGAAGCCACGGGGCUCACCGUCUACCUUGCCGGCGGGAAGGGGCAGGUGGUGGGCGGCACCGUUGUCGGCUCGCUGACAGCCGCGGGGCCGGUGGUGAUAAUGUCAGCUUCCUUCGCGAACGCUGUCUACGAGCGAUUGCCGUUGGAGGAAGACGAGUUGCUUGCAGCGCAAGGGCAGGCAGACAGCACCGGGAUGCUGGCUGCGGGGCAGCAAGCAUCUCAGAUGGCCGGCGGAGACGUGGAUCCAAGCCUCUUCGAAGGGCUGCCACCGAACCUCCUCGGCAACGUGCAGCUCCCGCCUGAAGCCGCCGGCUACAGAUGGAACCCAGGCACAGCCGGUGGCCGCCCGUCACCGUUCUAAUCACGGCCGCUGGACGGCGCAGCCGCGGCACGUUAGAAAGGUUAUUAUGUGUUUUAAUUAGCUUUCUUCCUUAACGUCGCAUCUCGAAGGAUUUCCGUGAGAAUUAUUGCAUACCAUUUCGGAUCUUGUUAUAUAGCAUGUCCGCAUCAGGAUUGUUUCUGAUAUGUAUCGUUGUCUACAUCAGUUAUUGUUUCGGUUAUA